AUGCCACCUGAUCCAACACUAGAUGACGAGGAGUACGAAUCCUCCCAGGAUUCAGACUUUGCCCCAGAGGACGCUGUCGCAGAGGGCGGUGAUUCCGAUGGAGACGACUCCGAAGGCGACGACGAAAACGCUGCGACAGCACCAAAGCGCAAACGCGAUGCGGGCGGCGAAGAAGCAGACGAUGCCGGCUUUGAGAAUUCGGGCGACGAGGCGUUGAUCAAAAAGGCAAAGAAGAAGCGGAAGAAGGCAAAAGACGCUGAUGGCGCUGCAGGCGAUGAGGACGAUGGAGGUGAAGGAGGGUUGGUUAAGACGCGAAGCAUGCGCGCAGCAGAAAAAGUAGAGCGAAAGAUUGCAGCUGCGUCUGGGCCGGUAACAGUCGACGUCGACGCGAUCUGGGCCCAGAUGCUCACAGGCCAGACGACCACACCACAGCCCAGCGAAGACAAGGGGCCCGAAGAACCCGACUCUACGAAGCCGAAUGACGCGACCGGCUCAGAAAAGCCGACCGACACCCAGGGCGCAGACUCCUCUGGUAUGAUCCGCAUUAAACGAACCUACAACUUCGCCGGCAAAGUCCAAACGGAAGAAAAGCUUGUGGCGCGCGACUCGGCUGAGGCCAAGCUCUACCUCGCCUCCCUCGGGAAUGAUGCAGAUAAGGAAGCCGCCGAGAAAGAGCCAGAGGAACCAAAACGGUUAUUGAAGAAGGCGUUCCGAUCGGCAUUCGAACCUGUUAUCGAGAUCGUUGGCCAGCGGUCCGAUUUGAACCUAGGUAUGACGGUACGGAUCAAGGCACGGGAGAAGGAGGCACAGGCCAAGAAGCUCAACACGGUGGAAAAGAGCAAGAUGGACUGGGCGGGUUACGUCGACAAGGAGGGCCUAAAAGACGAGCUCGAGCUGGCUGGCAGGUCCAAGGAGUCGUACGCCGAGAGGCAGGACUUCCUGGCACGAAGCGAGGCGAAGAGGGAGGAGGAAGCCCGGCGUGCGAGGAUCGCAGGCCGUGUAUGA